CUAAAAUGGUUCCUACUUUAGUUUUCAGCACAAGCAAUCAAAGUGUGCGCAACUUCGCGCGUGAAAAAUGCCCGAAAUAACGCGCUAAAGGGGGAAACAAACACGGACAACUCGGACAUGGAGGCGUGCGCAGAAUCCGGACGCAAACUGCGCUCGAUCUGCCGGAGGAUGUACGACGAAAAUGAGGAUCUGUCGGAUGUGGAGGAGAUCACCAACAUCAGGGGCUUCAGCCUGGAGGACAAACUGGACAGCGCUUCAUACAACAGCCAGCUAGUGCAUUUCAUGGAGGGGAAAGAUUUCACCUAUGAAUAUGUUCAGAGAGAAGCGCUGCGGACCCCGCUCGUGUUUAAAGCCAAAGAUGGACUGGGAAUAAGGAUGCCGGAUCCAGAAUUCACUGUGAGUGAGAUCAAGGGUUUGGUUGGUAGCAGACGGCCGGUGGACGUGAUGGACGUCAGCACCCAAAAGGGCUCAGAGAUGAGUAUGGCGCAGUUUGUCCGCUACUACGAGACUCCCGAAGAAGAGCGCGAUAAACUGUUCAACGUCAUCAGUCUGGAGUUCAGCCACACCAAACUGGAGAACCUGAUCAAGAGACCUACAGUGGUGGAUCUGGUGGAUUGGGUGGACAACAUGUGGCCGCGGCAUCUUAAACGGAAACAAACCGAAGCCACGAACGUCAUGUCUGAGAUGAAAUAUCCCAAAGUUCAGAGAUACUGUCUGAUGAGUGUGAAAGGCUGCUUCACUGACUUCCACAUCGACUUCGGCGGCACGUCGGUUUGGUAUCAUGUCUUCAAAGGACAGAAGGUCUUCUGGCUGAUUCCUCCAAACGCACACAAUCUGUCUCUGUAUGAGGACUGGGUUUUAUCGGGCAAACAGAGUGACGUCUUUCUGGGUGACCGAGCAGACGGAUGUCAGAGAGUCGAGCUGAAGCAGGGAUACACCUUCUUUAUCCCGUCAGGCUGGAUUCAUGCCGUCUACACUCCAGAGGACACCCUGGUGUUUGGCGGGAAUAUUCUCCACAGUUUUAACAUUCCCAUGCAGCUCACUGUCUACGAAAUUGAGAACCGAACAAAGGUGCACUCCAAAUUCCGCUACCCGUUCUUCUAUGAGAUGUGCUGGUAUGUGCUGGAGAGAUACGUCAGCUGCUUGACCAAACGUUCCCAUCUCAGCCUCGAGUUUCGCAAUCACACUGCUGAACCAAAACCAGUGACCGAGAGUCUCAUGUCUGCUCCUCGGUUGGACAUGGAGGAGGACUCAUGUGGGACAGAAGGGACGAUUUUGUCCUCUUUUUCCAUCCCGCCCUGUCAGACAUUUAAACCCUCGGCCAAUGAUUCAGAAGACAGCUCCAAAUCCCUUCCUUCAGAGUGUCCCAAAACGCCAUCCGGCUCCCCGGGAAUGGAGCACUCGGGAAAAUGGAGCCACCUGACAGAGUUUGAGCUGAACGGACUCAAGGCUUUGGUGGAGAAACUCGAAUCGCUUCCGGAAAAUAAGAAAUGCGUCCCCGAGGGCAUCGAGGAUCCACAAGCACUGCUGGAUGACGUCAAGGUUGUCCUGAAGGAACAUGCAGAUGACAACCCCAAGCUGGCCAUCAGUGGUUCCCCAAUCGUAUGCUGGCCAAAGAAGACAUUCAAGCCACGGCCGCUCAAUCGUCCAAAACCCAAGAUGGGCUCGUCUCCAUGCGCCGCCCCAGGCUCGACAGCAGGAGGAAUGAAGCUCUCGUCGGGUCGCGGGUCAUCGAGUGCCCGGCGCAGACGCACACGAUGCCGGAAAUGUGAGGCAUGUACAAGGAAAGAGUGCGGAGAGUGCCACUUCUGCAAGGACAUGAAGAAGUUUGGUGGACCGGGCCGCAUGAAGCAGUCCUGCAUCAUGAGACAGUGCAUAGCGCCUGUUUUACCUCACACUGCUGUGUGUGUGGUGUGCGGAGAGGCUGGGAAAGAAGACACAGUAGAGAGUGAAGAUGACAAAUUCGGCAUGAUGUUAAUGGAGUGCUCCAUCUGCAGUGAAAUCAUCCAUCCAGCAUGCUUGAAGGAUAAGGAUGCUGGUGGUGUUGUGAAUGACGAGUUACCAAAUUGCUGGGAGUGUCCGAAAUGCAAUCAUGCUGGAAAGACAGGGAAACAAAAAAGAGGCCCAGGGUUUAAAUACGCCUCCAAUCUCCCUGGAUCUCUGCUCAAAGAACAGCGAGCAAUCGUAAAGGAAGAACCAGACAUGUCAACCGAGACCGAUGCUGUUUCACCCACCAUGAAGAGGAAGACGGAACGAGAGGACAACCCUACCGGCAAGUCAGAAGACGCACUAAAGAAACGUUCCCCUAAACUGGAGGACAACCCGCUUCGCAAGAAGAGAAAACUCUUCGAAAAGGACUCCGACUCAGAUUCCAUCGUCAGGAAAAAGAAGAAGCGAACCAAUCCCGAUGAUCUCUCAACCUCUUUGAUCCUGGGACACAUCAAGAAGGAAAGAGAGGACGAUGAGGUGUACGAGGAGCAAGGCCAACCAGAAAGAAGCUUUGUGCCCUCAGAGGAAGAGGAUGGAGAUGAUGAAAGAGAUGAAGAAGAGGACGAAGCAUUAAGUAGCCGAAAAGAGAACGGGAAAGUUUUACAUAAGACAUUGGAAAAUGACCAAUCACAUGGUGGAUUAACCCAGGCGGGUCCCUCUAGCACUGAUGCACAGUCAAAAAGCCAGCGAAAAGCCAAACGUAAACCUCGACUGCCCAAUAAAGAACUGAGUAAAGAGCUGAGCAAACAACUCAACCAGGAGAUCCAAAAGACUGAGGAUCGUCUGGCGCAUCAGAAUGGCAGGACGGUUAAGACUGAACCCAAUAGUGACGGAGAGGACAGAAAACCACUGAAUAAUGGCAGCAGUCAUCUUCGGGAUUGGCUGGGGCCUAAAUGGGAGCUAAACGGAUCCUUGCGUGAGCAGACCCCGGUGAGUUUAAUUAGGACCACUCCUGCCCCUGUCUUCCGGCCCACACCUUGUCGAUCUCCGCCCAAAUGUGUUCAGAUGGAGCGCCAUGUUAUCCGUCCUCCUCCAAUCAGCCCCCCACCGGACCGACUGCCUCUGGAUGAUGGGAAAAACCAUGUCCUGCGGAGGGAGGUGUGGAUGGGAGUCUUCAGCCACCUCAUACACAAAGACCUGUGUGUCUGUAUGAGUGUCUGCAAGACUUGGAACAGAUGGUGUUGUGAUAAAAGACUGUGGACCAAGAUCGAUCUGAACCGGUGCAAGUCAAUCACUCCGCUCAUGCUCAGCGGGAUUAUCCGCAGGCAGCCCGUCUCCCUGGACCUGAGCUGGACCAACAUUUCCAAGAAGCAGCUCAGCUGGCUAAUCAACAGAUUGCCUGGUCUGCGGGUUCUGCUGCUGGCGGGCUGCUCGUGGGCAGCAGUUUCUGCUUUAUGCACGUCCAGUUGUCCCUUAUUAAGAAAUCUAGAUGUACAGUGGGUAGAAGGACUCAAGGACAACCAGAUAAGAGAUUUACUCUCUCCACCGACUGACAACAGACCAGGUCAGCUGGACUGCAGAAGUAAGCUGAGGAAUGUGGAGGAUCUCUGUCUAGCCGGUCUGGACAUCACAGACACGUCGCUGAAGCUGAUCAUAAAACACAUGCCUUUACUUUCCCAACUGGACCUCAGUUACUGUAAUCACAUCACAGACCAGAGCGUCAACAUCCUCACGGCAGCCGGCACCACCACCAGAGACUCGCUCACACACAUCAACCUGUCAGUGUGUAAUAGAGUUACAGACCUGUCGUUGACCUACUUCAAGCGCUGCGGAAACAUCUGUCAGAUCGACCUGCGGUACUGCAAGCAAGUCACCAAGGAGGGCUGUGAGCAGUUCAUCGCAGAGAUGUCCGUCAGCGUGCAGUUCAGACUGAUGGAAGAAAAACUACUGAGCAAACUGAGCUAGUCAACAACAACACAAAUACACUGGCAAAAACUUGACUUAAACCCAGGGAACUAACCAUUUUUAUUAUUCAUGUUCUACACACCAUUGAAACCAGCAAAAAGAAAAAUGGCUAAUAGCUAAAACAACACACUCCAAUGCCUGAACUCCAGAGCGUACAACAAGUGAGGAGAUUUAUUCCUCUCCGAUGGCCAAUUCUGCUCUUCACUGUUUGGUAUUUUUUUUAAUUAGUUUGUUGUGCUGCUAAGGCAAACGGUUAUUGGUUUUUAGGUUUACAAGGCACAUCUAGCAGAGCGUGCUAAUGUUAAAAUGCUGUUGAAAGGCAUGUUUACCCAUUUGUUUUGGCAUAGAUGUUAUAAAAAAGGUUUAUUAGUCACAAUGCAGUGACCAAACCGACUGUUAUUUUCUUUCUCUGAAAAGAAAAACUCAAGAUGCAUGUGCUUUUUUUCGUUACCAUGCAAACGUUAAGCGUCAUGCAGUAUUAAUUUUUGUAUCAGAAGGGAUUUCACACUUUAUGUGCAGUAUUACAUGCACUUAUAAAUAUAUAGAGAGAGACUUUAUUGACAGUAUUCAGUCAGUACAAAGUUUAUUUUUUUUCUACGCAGUAGGAAGUAAAGCAGAUUCUUAUCUAUACUAGCUAUAGUGACCGUGCAGAUGUUUUUUUUGUAUUGUUAAUUUAAGAUGUGACGUCUUCUAAUGUUAUACGAUUGUUCUACUACAGGUACAUUCUCUUUUCCAUACGACUAUAUGCUUUCCUUGGUUUCUUUAAUAUGUAUAUAUCUGGGGGAAAACAUAUUUGCACUGUUUCACCUGAAUAAAUACAGAUAUUUUUUUCA